CUUAGGUGGAUGGUGUUGAUCACUUAUCCUACCAUUUCCUCACCCAUCCACUCGGCCAAGGCAAAGAGAGAAGCUCUAGGGAAGCCUCCUUUCAUAGUCCAAGCAGCAAGGAAGAGAAUCCAAAGAGAAGAGGGUUGUUUUUGAGGAGGGUUGGCAAAUCGAUAGGAGUCGAAAUCGCCGGAAACCGCCACUUCAAAGGAGCUAGUCGCAGUUGCAGACCACGAAAGCCGCCCGGCUUUCGUGAAAGCCGCCCGGCUUUUGUCCAGGCAGUCCAGUUCUGCCUUUCAAUCGGCCUAGAACGGGGAUUGAUCGAGGGGCGUAACAAAGGCAACUAUUGCAGCACAUCACGAGUUUCAGGUAGGACUUGAAGGUUGCUACCGGCACCCGUUGUUUCAGGGAUUUCCAAGGGAGAAGACGUGAAAUGGAAGGUACCGGGAAAGUGACUAGAAGAAACCCGACUGGCCGAGCACCGGGAGGAUCCGUGCAAGGCAGUAGAGGGGAUUCUAGGGUGUCCCGAGGACAGGGCCGUGGAGGCCAAGAUCGGACCGUGAGUGACAGUUAUGUGGAAACAGUCAACGAGAACGAGUCCUAUGAGUCCGAGGAGGAUUCGACGUAUCGACCGGGAACUGAGCCGGUUGAGACCCCAUAUGAUGGGGAGUAUGAUGAGGACAUCGAGGGGAGCGACGAUGACGACGCUCUAGAAAGGAUGGAGGAACUACUCCGUCAAUUUCAGCAAGAUCGCCAAAGGCGCCGGGCAAGGCGUGCUUUGGGAGAGGCUUCAAGAAGGGGAAGCCAUGCGGGUUCUAGGGGACAUGUGGAGUCCCGAGUAGAUCGAGGUGUCGAGGUUCCGAUAAUAAGGAUCUCGAAGUACCUCAAAGAAGCAAGAGAUUUGGGGUGUAAACCGUUCGAUGGAACGGGAGAUAUAUCCGUUGCGGCGGAGUGGAUCAAGAGGUUCAAUGAAGCGGCCCUUGAUAUGCAGCUGCCGCCAAACAUGAAGGUGAGAGUAGCAACGAGGUUCCUAGAAGGGAUGGCGUCCACGUGGUGGGACGGUGUCAAGGGGAAGUACGGUGAGGCCGUAACUUGGGAGAACUUCCGACAGGAAUUCUUCAACCAAUACUACUCCGACUUCGAGGUGAACUUGAAGAGGAGAGAAUACACCAACUUGACCCAAGGAGGCAAGUACACCGUGAGGCAACUUGAGCACAAGUUCAGGGAGCUCGCGGAGUUCAUACCGGAGUAUGCUUGUGAUGAGAACCGGAUGGUAAAUCACUUUUGGGAUGCUUUGGAUUUAGACGUGCGUGAGCGGGCAACACAAUUGCCCAACAUGACGUUUAGCCAAGUGGUGGAGCAGGGCCUGAAAGGGGAGAAAGAAUGGGAAGAGAGAAAACUGAAAAACGCCGAGGAGGCGAAGAAGAGGAAAUGGGAGAACACCGGCCCCCAAGGUUCUAGCAAGAAGGGGAACCACGGGGGAGGUGGGUCUUUCAGAAUGCCCGCACCACCAUCUAGGGGAAAUCAAGGCCCAGGAGGGCAAGGCUCGAGGUCGCAAGGCUCGGGCAUUAGCAAGUGCAACAAUUGCAAGAGGAACCACGCGGGCAAGUGCCGCGAUCCCCCUAGGUGCUACCAAUGCGGGGAGACGGGGCACUUGAGAUCAAACUGCCCACAACUCGGGCGAGCCAUGGGUGCAGGGCCUAGCAGCGGAACUACGGCAAGUAGGAACCGAGCAGGGGCACUUCACGCGAGCACGGCGCACGGAGGGCCAAGUACAAGCAACGCGCCAUCCGUGAACCAAGGCAAGACCCAAGCUAGGGUCUAUGCGAUGACGGAGGCAGACGCACGUGCUAACCCGGACUCCGUUGCGGGAUAGGGAUUGUAAAACCAUGAAGAACCCAUUCAACUGGAGAGGGCGGAUGCUAGAGUUCGUCAUCUAUCAUCAACAGGGCGAUUGAAUGAAAACAGUUGAAGUGUACGGCUAGGAAUGUAGGUGUUAACGACCAAAGAUGCACAUAUAUAUGCAUACACCAGUUUACAUUGAAGGAGUUCAAGUGAUAUCAACUCAAGUUUAUGAGCAGGCCAUUGUAUUUUAAGAAACAAACUGUAGCAUUUUACUUUAAUGUGACCAAGUAUAUGACAUAUAAUGCGACAAUUCAAAUGCUAUUGUUACAGAUAAAUAUGACAAAUCAUGCUUCAAUCCAAAUGCUAUGGAUUGUGAUACAUGUAUGACAUUAAGGUCCUGCUCAUCUCAAUACUUUAAGAGAACAAUAUUGUAAUGUCAUAUUAC